UUUAUUUUUCUUAUUGAAAACUGGUUGAUUGAUUCGUCGCCCUUACUGACCCCGCCCAUUCAGCGCUAUAUCCUAGCAACGAGGAUAUCUCUGUUCUUCUUAUUGGACGUUACCUGGAUUUCCGCCAUAUUCAAAAAAUAAAGAUCCGUCCCUCCUGCGAGAUUUAUUGCUAUUGUUUUAAGUCUUCUCAUUUAUACAAAACUCUUUGGUCUUCGGCAUUUCAAAUGGAUCGAAUCGGUGAAGAGUGCGGUCCCGUUUGGACGGCAGAGAAAGCGAAAAGCGCUCCGAACUCCAGGGCCCUGAAGAGGAAGUGUUCUGCCCAGGAAGAAGAGUCUCCUGUGGGGAGCAGCAGCGGCUUGAGACGGUCAUUGAGAAGGGGAAGCUCCUUCACCUUCCUCACCCCAGGACCGCAAUGGGACUUCACUUUGAAGCGGAAGCACAGAGAGAAGGAUGACAGUGACGCCGUCAGCCUGUGCAGCUUUGACUUCAAGGAACCCAGCAACAAACGUGUCCGUCCUCUCGGCAGGGUGACGUCGCUAGCCAACCUCAUCUCUCCGGUGAAGAAUGGGGCCGUCCGGCGUUUCGGCCAAACCAUCCAGGCCUCCUUCCGGAGCGAUGGCAAGUCACCAGGCGUGCCCCAGAAGCCCUGCAGCAAGGCAGCUGCCCCCACGCCGCCUAAAAGGAGGAACAGUACACUAUGGUCCGAGACGCUGGACAUCCACCAGAAGGGAACCUUCUCCACCAGAGAGAUCAAGAGACAGGAGGCCAUAUUCGAGCUGUCUCGUGGAGAACAGGAUCUGAUUGAGGACCUCCAGCUUGCACGCAAGGCGUAUCAUGACCCGAUGCUGAAGCUGUCCAUUAUGUCAGAGGAGGAGCUGACUCAUAUAUUUGGGAACUUGGACGCGUACAUUCCGCUGCAUGAGGACCUGCUGGCUGAGUUGUCCAAAGCUACAGGUCCAGACGGAACAGUGGGCCAAAUUGGCCGUAUUGUCAUAAGUUGGCUGCCCAGACUGAACGCGUACAAAGAGUACUGCAGCAACCAGCUAGCAGCCAAAGCGCUUCUGGACCAGAAGAAGCAGGACCGACGGGUGCAGGACUUCCUGCAGCGCUGUCUGGAGUCACCCUUCAGCCGGAAGCUUGACCUGUGGAGUUUCCUGGAUAUCCCGCGCUCUCGUCUAGUCAAAUACCCGCUGCUGCUCAAAGAGAUACUAAGACACACGCCGACGGAGCAUCCUGACUGCAGCAGUCUGGAGCAAGCGAUCGCCAUCAUUCAGGCCGUGCUGACCGACAUCAAUAUGAAGAAAGGAGAGUCUGAGUGCCAGUACUACAUCGACAAGCUGGAGUAUCUGGACGACAGACAGAGAGAUACGCGCAUCGAGCAGUGCAAGAGUCUGUUGUGUCACGGAGAACUUCGCAACAAGAGUGGCACGAAGCUGCACGUGUUCUUGUUCACCGAGCUUCUGGUUCUGACCCGACCCGUCGUCAGGAACGAGCGCCAGUGUUUCCAGGUUUACAGACAGCCAAUCCCGGUUCAGGAUUUGGUGCUGGAGGACCUGCAGGACGGAGAUGUCAGAAUGGGCGGCUCCUUCAGAGGUGCCUUCAGUAACGCAGACAAAGCCAAAAACAUCUUCCGCGUGCGCUCCCAAGACCCGAGUCACGGCCAGUCCCACACGCUGCAGGUCAACGACGUCUUCCAUAAGCAGCAGUGGCUCAACUGCCUGCGUACCGCCAUUUCCGUCCACCGGCCCCUCACAGAGCCUGACACGCCCACGCCGCCAACAGCUGACGCCCGCUCCAAACGACGCCCUUCCUCCGUCUCGGCAAUUGUCCACAUGGAGGAAGUGGACGAGAACUGCGCGCUGUCGUGUUCGCAGUCUGCCCCCAGUUCCCCGUGCAGCAGCGCGACCCCCAGCCCCACCACGGCCUCGCCCUCAUCCCUCUCCUCCUCGUCUUCAUUGUCUUUAUCGAUGACAUCGUCGUCGUCGUCGUCACCGCUGUCCUCGCCGAUGUCAAUGUUGCACAAAAGCAAAAAGGAAAAGAAGUCCUUAGGGAAGAGAAAAGAGACGAUGGUGUGAAUGGAGGCAGCAGGAGAGAAUGGACUCCUAGCAGACUUUUUUUUUUGUACAUAAAUGUUAAAAAUAAACAUGGAGGAGGGACACUGAGGUUCUCACCUCGCUCAGAUGGACUUGUAUUUAUACAUGAGUGCAUAUUAGUGCUACAGUGUUCUGUGUUACUGUCCUCUUUGGCAGCUAUUUAUCCUAAACCCCCCAUCCGUCCCUUUGGUUCCAGUCCACUGGGGGGCAGCGCAGUGUUUCUGUGGCUGAAAAAAAGGGAAGCAUUACGCGAAACAUUCUCAUAUUGUGUGGGGGAAAAGAGGUGGUGCAUCAAAUCCUGUUUACCAGUAAUUUGUUAUUUAAACACUAUUUUAAAGUUUUUUUUUUAUUUUUUUUAUUAUUAUUUUAGUUGUGGGGUAAUGAAAGUUUUACAUUUUAUUAUUUUACUCUUUUUAAGUAAUCAUAAGGCAGCACUCUUAACGAUUAAGUGACGGCAACAUGUUAAGAAUGGAGGAACCCCAAAAAUGUUUGAAAGCUCCAAAUUUCUCUACAAAUGUAUUUAAAAACAGAUGUCUUAUUAUGAUUACUAUAGUUUUUUUUUUUGUUUUGUAUACAUCAUUCCUUUGACAAAAGUUGUUUGAAGCUGGCCACUUUUUUCUUUUUUUGUGCUGCAGUCACGGGCGUUAAUUAAAAUUAAAUUUUCGCUGUAUCUGAUCAAAGACUUCGCUUUGGACUGCAACGAUGCAAACCAUCGAAUGUCAAACUCGUGCAAAAGAACAGAUGAGAUGUUUUAUUCAACAUCAAACUGUCAAUUUAUGAACUGAGCCAUGUUGGCUUUCACAGAGCUGACUUUUACCGAGUAAAACACUUUUCAGUGUAGCAUCUUGCACGGAGCUUUAAUUAUGGCCACCGGUCGAGGCGGCAGAAGGUAUUUUACUGUCCUGAGGAAAAGAAUUUGUAUGUGUAAAGUACUUGUUGAUGGAAAAGAGAAAGUGACGUGAUGGAUUGAGAAGCAAGUGUGUGUUGGAACAGAGCGAUGCAGGUUGUGUAACUCCCAUCAGCUCGUUGUGUCAGCUGGUGGAGUGAGAGGAGGUGCCUUGCUCAUUAACAUGAGCAUUAAUGGAUGGAAAUAGUAUGUAGGGGGCGGCAGACAAGAAGGUUUCUGUAUGUGUGCACAAGGGAUAAUGUGACAGAGAAAAAGGGGGCAAGUUUAUGCCAUGAACUGUAUGUAGUUAAAUGAACAAUAAAGAUCUGUGUAAGAUUUGCAUCUGA